AUAUCGGUGAUGGCUAAGAUUAAUGCCCCUAGCAAACGUUUUCAGUGAAAGUUGCGGUAUUUUUUAGUGGUCACUAACUAGUAUUUAGUAAGUUUGUGAAGGGUACUUAUAGACAUAGUACAGUGAAAGAUUACCAGAAAGUUGCGCCAGACGAAAACAACGAAAGAAGAAGUACACUUAGGAUAAUAAUGGCAUCUUUUUCAGUCUCCCGAGGAUAUUCCUUGUGUCGCACGCUGUCCGAUUACCAGUUGCUAGGUUUCAGUAACCCGUACAAAUUGUACGCAUUGUGUCUUAGUAAAAAGGAUUACUCGGACUCCUCGUUUCAUCCAAAAUACAACCAUGGCCUGCACGGGAAGGGGAAAGAAGCUGGAAGUUUGGGGAGCAAAAGAGAUCUACAAAACAUUCAAUCCUAUGGAGAAGUUCUUUUUGGUAUUCAUCCAGUUUUGCUGGCAUUGCAAGCCUCAAAAAGAAAGCGCUUUUUCAGUUUGUUUAUUCACAGCAAGCAAAAGUCCAAAAUGACAAAAAGCAUUUUGCAGAUACAGACUUUAGCUAAAACCCAAGGUGUACCUGUCUCUUAUGUAUCUAAAAGCACUCUCACUCACUUGUCCUGUAACAGACCACACCAGGGGGUAUGUCUAGAUGCAGGAGAACUUGUGUUACCAGAAUGCGAACCCGAAGACUUAGCGCAAAGGUGUUUAAAACUAUCAAAUGAUUCAAAGCAGUUAUGGCUGCUGCUGCAUAAUGUUCAGGAUCCAAUGAACUUUGGUGCCAUUCUUCGGUCUUCAUAUUAUCUGGGUGUCAACCAGGUGGUGGUUCCAGGCUCAAAUAGCUAUAUGGCUAGCCCUGUGGUCAGCAAAGCAAGUUCUGGAGCCUUGGAGGUGAUGAAUUUGAGCUGCCUGCCAACAGAUGAUGAUAGCAUUCUUCGACUAAUCAAAGCUUGGCAGUCAAAAGGAGGAGAGGUUGUGGGUACAGCCUCCAUAGAGACCACUAAUGGGAGCAAACUCCAAAAUUUAAGGGACUAUCGUUUGACACGAGACACCUUGUUGAUUGUAGGUAAUGAAGGCAGGGGUGUUGACUCGGGAGUUCUGAAACAGUGUGACACUCUGCUGACUAUCCCUUUGCCAGCAGGUCACAGGAAUGAAGUCCAGUCACUCAAUGUGUCCGUGGCAACAGGAAUUUUGAUUCACUGGCUUCAAGCAUCCAGAGAGAUGACACUGCCAACGUGCCACUAAUGGAUUUGAUAAAUGUAAAUUUUAAUAAUGUAAACAUUAAUAAAAUAUUUGUUAAAAAAAUU